UCUUUUUUUCAACGGUUGCGCAGGCAUGAGAAGACACAUGAAUAACUCAUGAAUAUGGAUAUCAACUCAAACAAGGAAUCUUAUUCACAAGAGAAUGACACGUUGUCUGAAAUGGGAAAACAUUAGCCCCAAGAAAAAGAGUUCUAUUAGUCACUGAAGCAAAUUAAAAUACAAAAAUCUCGAAAGCGAAAGAAACGUUUCUCACGAGUACCUUGCUAGGGUACCUUAGUUUGCGUGACAAGCCACUUUCGUGACAAGGAAUUCUAUUCCGGUUUUUCUUUGACUUCCAGUUGAACUUCCGGUUGAUUCUACUACCGGUGAAGCCAUUUCCGUUUGUUCUUCUCAAAGUCAGUUUUUCUUUUUUUUUUUCCCCCUCUCAUUUUUCAGACUAUCCUGCUGACAGAGUCUCCAUUUAAUCAGUUCUCUCCCUCGGGAGAAAUUAAAAAGACUUUCUGCCAGCAGGGUAUUUCCACAUCUUUCUUGGCAUUAGUUAUUUUCAGGGCAAAAAGAAUACGUUAUAGAGGUCAAGAAGCUAAUAAAGCCUUUUAUUUCGAUAUUUUUAUGAUUGAUAUAAUGACGUAAUGCCAUUCAAUGAUUAGGUAAGCAGUGUGGAGCGUGCUAAGAAUAUUAAGAGGCGUACGUGAUACAUGCAAUUAGUCAUGUCGUUUGCGCCUUCUUGCGUUUCGUCUAAGCACGUUUUAUCCAACUCUGGUUCUUCUUCGUUUCAGCGGAAAUAAAAAUAUUGCAAAAUAUUUCAGAUUCCGACACAUACGAUCACAUUAAUAUUGUCGUAAAGUUUCGAAGGUCAAAGAGCUUACAACUGAAGUUCAGUGAAAGCAGAGCAAAAUUAGAAAAGCCAUCUAAUAGAGAAAACUUACGAGGCAAGAUGCAACCAACCAACCAGGCAACCAAUCAACAAGUUCCACAGGGAAAUGUAGCUGGUGGACAGACACCAGCACAAGGCUAUACACCUGGACAGACACCAGCACCUGCACAAGGCUAUGCACCUGGACAGACAUCAGCACCUGCACAAGGCUAUACACCUGGACAGACACCAGCACCUGCACAAGGCUAUACACCUGGACAGACACCUGGACAGGUGCCACCUCAAAGUACAAUAACUGGACCGCCAGCAAGUCCUUCUGAUGACUUUACACAUGUGUACCAAACAGGAAACUUUGGAAAACAUUUUGGAAAAGUGAACACAACCAGAGGUAAAAGAUACGUCAUAGUUCAUGGAGUUCUUUCUCUGUUCAUGAUUGUCUUCACCAUAGUUGCCGCAGUAAUGAUGAAGCACUACCUCCCCGCUGCCAUCAAGAACCCACUUCUUGGAGUCUCCUGGGCAUGUGCAGUGUGCGAUGGCCUCUCUACUGGGGUUGCACUUUACUUCAUGUGGAAGCUGUCAACCCUUACCCAUCCUUUACGCACGUUGAUGGUGAUGAGAACUUUUGCAACUUUCAGUAUGGUUAUGAAUAUAUUUUUCUUCAUGAUUGGAAUUUUUUCUGCCAUCUUGAAGGAAAAGGAAUUUGUAGAGCUCACAGAUAAAGAAAUUGGCUUCUUAAAGGCAAUUUAUGCCGUUAUUGCGGUCCUCAUGUUUCUGAAAAUCUUUACUUCAACGUCGUUCAUCUUCCAAUGGUGGAGUUGUUGUCCUGCCUGCCCAACGGCCUGCUCAUGUUUUGCACCUUAUUGCAUAUAUGAAGAAGGCGAAGAACUUGCGCCGGGGGUGCCAAAUUCAAUAGGGGUCCAGAAUAUAAUGGUAGUUGGAAUGGGUGCUGCCGCAGCUGCUCAGCGCAUGAAUCGAAUGUGAAACUUGAAAGCAAAGAUAAGAUAGCAAUAGCUCCAUAAUGGAUCACUUGAUAAGUGAUUAUUUUCGAAAGUGGAAAGGAAAGAAAACAAUAUAUUGCCAGCUUUUCUAGGCUUGUAGAAUGAGAUGAAUUUAUAUUGUAUUUUGUUGAUUGACAGGUGCAAUUCCCUUUACAAUCUUCAGUAUUUAUUAGUGUAUUAAUAUCUCCAUUACUUCAAGCUCAUUAAAAGAUUAAUAAUUUUAAAAUGCCAAAUGAUGUCUAGAAACAAAUUGCUUAACACCAAUACAAUACUGUAAGGUGCCAUCACUUUAUAUCAAAAAAUAUAGAGUCCCGUGCAAAAUUUGAGGGUUUUGCCCUGUUGAAGCUCAAAACGCUUAUGGUUCUUCAAUAAAAUCUUGUAGAUUUUUCAGCGGUUUUCGAGCGCGCGCACAUCGUGGGCUCAAAUCGAACAUUCAAAAGUAGGCAGCCACCUUAAUCAGAGUAAUUUAAAAACACUUUUUCAAACAAUCACCCUCUUUGAGAAUGGUUGCAUGUAGAGCUUUUAUAACAAAGUAAAAUAUCAGCAUUUGCAAUUCAGGGGAUGAAGUUCCAAAAAUGAAGGAGUUGUGAUGAUAAAGUAAUGACUUUUUCCCAACCAUACGUCUUAAAAAGCCAAUAGCUACACCAUAUAGGUUGGAAUAGCCCACUUCUAAGAUAUGUUUUCCUUGUCACACACAAAGAUUUUAGUACAAGGCUACGUGCAAAAUUAAAUUUAUUCUUUUCUCCUUUGAUAAAUCACUGAAUAUUAUGCACAAAGCCUUAUGCAUUAAAACCCCUGUGCGUGACAAGUGAAGCAUAUUUUGGAAGUGGGCUAUUAGGCUUGACAAGAGUUGUAAAAUGCUUAAUUGGACAUAUUAGUACUUAUGUAAAAGAUAAUAAAUACUUUUUCAAAAUAUGAUAAAAGUUACAUGGCUCAACAAGAGUCGUAAAAGGCUUAGUUGGACAUAGUUAUGUAAAAGAUACUUAUUAAUUAAAUAAAAAACUAUAUUUAUUUAUAA